AUGGGGAAAAGAUACUUCUGUGACUACUGUGACAGGUCCUUCCAGGACAACCUUCACAACAGGAAGAAACACCUCAAUGGAGUACAGCACCUCAGGGCUAAGAGAGUCUGGUACGACUUAUUCCGAGAUGCUGCUGCUAUCCUGCAAGAGGAGCAAACCAAGAAACCCUGUCGGAAGUUUCUACAAACAGGACAGUGUGAUUUUGGCUCCAAUUGCAGAUUUUCCCACAUGACAGAGCAGGAUCUGGAGAAGCUGAGUGCCCAGGUUCAGGGGGAGCAGAGAUUAAAGGAGCUGCAGCAGGAGGGAGCAGAUGUCCCACCUGGCACCAUUGAGGACUGGCUGGAGAAGAGAGCAAAGAGACUGAGUGCUGCUCAGAGUAACAGUGCUCUGCCUGAGAAACCAGCACCUUUCCAGUACCCACCAGGCUGGCCACCUGUGCAGGAUCUGCCCCCAUCCCUGCAGGCCCCCCCACCGGGGGGGUGGCCCAUCCCCCCCAACCUGCAGUGGGGCUGA